CAUUGCUAACUUCAUGGUCAUAUUUGAGAAACAUGAUAACCGUUGGAUUUGUAUUUCAUGUAAUAAGUAUUAAACAUUAAUAUCAACAAAUUUUAACAAUAUUAUUAAAUUAAUAAUAUUGUAAUACAUUUGAAGUUACCGUCAUGAUAGGUGGUAGUAUUUUUAAUAAAAGUGUUACCCAACCUUCUAAUCCUAAUAAGGAUUUUGAAGUAACUCAGCCUCCCGAUGACACAGUAUCAUCCCUAGAAUUCAGUCCUGCCGCAUUACAACAAAAUUUUUUAAUAGCUGGCAGUUGGGAUAACAGUGUACGUUGUUGGGAAGUUGAACAGAGUGGUAAAACUGUUCCUAAAUCUAUGCAGUCUAUGACAGGUCCUAUUUUAGAUACUUGUUGGAGUGAUGAUGGUACAAAAGUUUUUAUGGCAUCGUGUGAUAAACAAGUAAAAUGUUGGGAUUUAGCAAGUAAUCAAACUAUGCAAGUAGCAGCUCAUGAUGCACCCGUUAAAACUUGCCACUGGAUUAAAGCUCCAUCAUAUACUUGUUUAAUGACAGGAUCAUGGGACAAGACAUUAAAAUUUUGGGAUAUACGAAGCUCAAAUCCAAUGAUGACAAUUAAUUUACCUGAAAGAGCCUAUUGUGCUGAUGUGGAUUAUCCUAUGGCAGUUAUUGGAACAGCAUCAAGAGGAAUUGUAGUCUAUAAACUUGAGGGAAAACCUGAAAUGGUUAAGACUGUAGAAUCGCCUCUUAAAUAUCAACAUCGUUGUGUAGCAAUUUUUAGAGAUAAAAAAAAACAAUCACCAACAGGUUUUGGUUUGGGAAGUGUUGAAGGACGUGUAGCUAUCCAUUAUAUUCAACCACAGAGUACAAAAGAUAAUUUUACUUUUAAAUGUCAUCGUCAAAAUAGCCAAGGCACCAUGAAUGUUCAAGACAUUUAUGCAGUGAAUGAUAUUAAAUUUCAUCCAGUUCAUGGCACAUUAGCUACUGUUGGUUCUGAUGCUACAUUUGCCUUUUGGGAUAAAGAUGCUCGUACAAAAUUAAAGUCAUCAGAAACAAUUGAUCAACCAAUUACAAAAUGCUGUUUUAAUAGUAAUGGACAGAUAUUUGCAUAUAGUAUUGGAUAUGAUUGGUCUAAAGGCCAUGAAUAUAAUAAUCCAGCAAAGAAACCACAAAUAUUUUUAAAACCUUGUUUUGAAGAUCUCAAACCAAAAAGUAGUACAUAACAGGUUGGUUUAUUUACUUUUAAGUGUUUUUGGUAUUCUUUAAUUAGUUAUUGUAUAUUUAAAUUUUUUUAAUUAAAAAAAAAUGGCUUUUUCAAUAUUA